CCUGAGGGGAGGAGGCGGAGGCGGGAGGAGGAGGAAGAAUUAGUCGGAACUCGACCGCCGGCGGUGGCGGCGGCGGAGGAGGAGAAAGGAAGGAGGAAGGCGGAGCGGAGAGAGGCGGAGACGGAGCCCGACAGGGGCGGCACCACGGCUCCAGCUCCUCACCGUCCAGUGUAAGGGGAGCGGCGCGAGGAGGAGACGCCGCGGCAGCCACAGCCUUAUUCGUCCUUCGGGCCACGCCUGGGCCUUACCACGAGGAAGUUGCGGCCCCGCGUGGCGCGGUCUCAGGUUUCUUUACCUCUAGAAAGAAAAAAAAAAAAUUGACACUUUGCAUCCUGGAAGUGCAUUUAGAAGUCUGAAAUUAGAAACUUCUUUCAAAUUUGGACAUGGCUAAUCGAGGAGCAACAAGACCAAAUGGGCCAAACACUGGAAAUAAAAUAUGCCAGUUCAAACUAGUACUUCUGGGAGAGUCUGCUGUUGGCAAAUCAAGCCUAGUGCUUCGUUUCGUGAAAGGCCAAUUUCAUGAAUUUCAAGAAAGUACUAUUGGGGCUGCUUUUCUGACCCAAACCGUGUGUCUUGAUGACACAACAGUAAAGUUUGAAAUAUGGGAUACAGCUGGUCAAGAACGAUACCACAGUCUAGCACCAAUGUACUACAGAGGAGCACAAGCAGCUAUAGUUGUAUAUGAUAUCACUAAUGAAGAAUCCUUUGCAAGAGCCAAAAACUGGGUUAAAGAACUUCAGAGGCAAGCAAGUCCUAACAUUGUAAUAGCUUUAUCCGGAAACAAGGCUGAUCUAGCAAAUAAAAGAGCUGUAGAUUUCCAGGAAGCACAGUCCUAUGCAGAUGACAACAGUUUAUUAUUCAUGGAGACAUCAGCUAAAACAUCAAUGAAUGUAAAUGAAAUAUUCAUGGCAAUAGCUAAAAAGUUGCCAAAGAAUGAACCACAGAAUCCAGGAGCAAAUUCUGCUAGAGGAAGAGGAGUAGACCUUACCGAACCUACACAACCAACCAGGAGUCAGUGUUGUAGUAACUAAACCUCCAGUUUGAACUAGCUGGAAUAUUCUGCUUCCUAAAUGUUGUUAACAGCGGGAUUGGAGCAUUUAACCGGCCCAGUAUGACUUCCAAAAAGAAGAGACUUAUGAUAGAGUCAAGUUUCUAAUACAGAAUUAUUUUACGUGUUUUGAACUUAAUUUUUAAUAACAUGCAUGUAUCCCUCCAACUAAUGUUACAGCAAUAGAAAGGGAAGAUGAGAACUAUGUGUAUACGUGUUUCAUUGGAAAGUUAUGAGGGAAUCAUAUCUCAUCAUUAGGGAUAAAGACAAAUGACUGGAUCCACAACUAACCAUCCAGUUUCUCCAAACUGGAGCAGUAGUCAUCUAUGGAAAAGAUUUGAAAAUGAUUAAUUUGGGCUUUUGAAAAACAUUUAUAGGAUUCUCCAGAUGUUUUGCUUAGCUGCAAUAUUCAGGCAAAUAAUUUCUUUUAUCUAAAAUGUACAUUCCACAUUUUAAUAAUAAAUUAACCACAAGAAAACCGUCCCACAUGUCCAGGAAGAAAAAAAGAAAUUAGUGGCACUGAAAUUAUAGCCAGUCCCAUUAUUUUUUUAAAUGGGGUAAAAAAAGCAGAUGUAUCCCCAUCUUGUUUUAAGAGUAUAAAAACUGAUAAAUGCAGUUUAAUAAAUAGUGUUCCCGUCAUGUGAGCUCUUCAACAAAAAUGAAACAAACCAGGUGUCUGUGAUUUCUAUUUAAUCACUGCUGGCCAUUAUAUAGGUCUUGUUUGGGGGUAGGGAGGGGGCUUUUGUUCCCUUUGGACAUGUAGUCAGUGCACUAACAAUUAUGUACAUUCAAACUUGAUUACUUUAAAUUUGAUUUCCAGCUGUACUGUAAAUAGGGUACUGCACUGUCUCCAUAUGUUUAUUAUUUUUCUGUAAUAUUUAAGAGUUGCUUAAAAGUAUACAAAAUGUACAGUUACUAAAACAGCUAAUUAUUUCUUCCUCCUUUGAAAGAAAGGGGCUUCAGUUGUUCCUCAUGGCUAGAACCGUAAUAAACAAUGUACCUGUAAUUUGUAACAUAAAUAUUGCAAUGUUAGUAACAAUCUUGCAACCUUGUUUUUCAAAGUUCAUUUUAUUUUGAUCAGUUCAGUAUAUUGCACUAAUUAUUUUAGGUCUUUUCAUUAUAUGAAAUCUACCAUGUGUCAGAUGAUUUAAUCUAUUUAAGUGUUGGACUGCUAGCAGAACUUGUACAUUUUACAGUAAUUCAGAUUAGUAAGGAAAACAGUUCACCAGUGUUUAGUUUUAUAUUGAGGUGCUCAGGUUGGAAUAAAGUGGUAUAAAAAGCAA